GCGCCGGAUAGUUCUGAACAGCUACCGAUUCGAAUUUUUACUAUAAAUAUUGAGGGCAACGGAUGUUGCAGUAUCAGUUCCCUCAAGCAUCUCACUUCAUUAACUAACGUUGCUUCGCAGCUAACAAACCAAAUAUUCAAAAUGUUCGCUAAGAUUAUCUUCAUUGCCGCCCUCGCCAUCGUCGCCGUGAGCGCCAAGCCCGGAUUGGUCGCUCCGUUGGCCUACUCUGCCCCUCUGGUGGCCGCCGCUCCAGCUGUGGUUACUGCCCAGAGCUCGCAGUACAUUGCCCGCAACUACAACGGAAUCGCUCCUUUGGCCUACACCGCUGCCUACACUGCUGCCGCUCCGGUUGCAUACGCUGCUCCAGCUGCAUAUGCCGCUGCUCCAUUUGCUGCUGCCGCUUACACUGCUCCAUUCCUGCUGUAAGCGUCUGAAAAGCCGGAUUGAUCUGAUUGAUUUGGAAACUGCGAUCUGUUUUAAUUGAUAUUUGUAAUUGUGAUUAAAUGUUAUGAAGCGUUAGUACAAUUUUAAAACAAACACAA